AUUAGCUAUAUUUCUUUGUUGCAGAUCUACUAGGAUGAGAGCUAUAUUUUUAGUGUUUUUUGGUCUUGUUGCCUUGGCAACGGCACAGCGUCGUCUUGCAUUGCCGGAUCCGCGAAGCUGCGCCAGCCGUGUGCGACACGCAACGUAUAGAGAUGCGCGUGGUGUCGCUCACUCAUACUUCUUCAGCUGGGAACAUCAGCCAACAAGAAGCUUAGAGGUCGACUGGCUCGACGCCAGGAACAUCUGCAGACGCCAUUGCAUGGACGCCGUGUCGCUCGAGACACCCCAAGAGAAUGAAUUUAUUAAGCAGAGAAUCGCACGAGGUAACAUACGAUACAUCUGGACUUCUGGUCGCAAAUGCAACUUCAACGGCUGUGACCGACCUGACCUCCAGCCCCAGAAUGUUAAUGGAUGGUUCUGGUCCGGAUCCGGUGCCAAAAUCGGAUCCACGAACCAACGCAAUACCGGGGAUUGGAGUCACACCGGAGGUUACGGUACUCCGCAACCUGAUAAUCGCGAGGCCGCUCAGGGUAAUGACGAGUCAUGCCUGUCGAUCUUGAAUAACUUUUAUAACGAUGGGCUCAAGUGGCACGACGUUGCCUGCCAUCACAUCAAACCCUUCGUCUGCGAAGACAGCGACGAGCUCUUGAACUUCGUCGCUUCAAGAAAUCCUGGCGUUCGCCUUUAAGUAAGCAUCCUGUAACUUCAGCAGUAGCGAAUUUCAAGAAGACCAGUAAUAGCAUCGUCGAAGCGUUUUUUUUUUUUUGUUUUUUU